AUGCCUAGCAAGACUCAGAUCCUGAAACAAGCGGCUCUCUCCCCACUCUCCCUCUUCUCUUUCCUCCCGAUACCUUCGCCCCAACAACUUCUGCUUCAUACCCUCUCUCUCGGCCCCAUCCCCCGUCACAUAGCAUUCGUAAUGGACGGCAACCGACGCUGGGCUCGCACCUCCCACCACACCAUUCAACAAGGUCAUCUUACCGGCUUUGCAACGCUCAAAUCCGUUCUCGAAGUCUGUCUCAACCUUCGAGGACUCAACACUGUUACCGUCUAUGCAUUUGCAAUCGACAACUUCGCGCGCAGCGAAAGCGAAGUCAAUGCUCUCAUGGAAAUCGCCAAGACGCGCUUGAUAGAGUUGGCUGGACAUGGAGAGUUGAUCGCACGAUAUUCUGUACGAGUUCGAAUAGUAGGACGAAAGGAACUUUUGCCAAAAGACGUAAGAGAAGCAGUGGGAAGAGUGGAGAAUAUGACAAGGCAUAACACAAAAGCGACACUUAACAUUUGCAUGCCCUACGCCAGUCGAGACGAGAUCACGGGUGCUGUACGACGUUGUCUAGAUUGCAAGCUUAGAGAUGUGGAGCGCUUGGCAGUUGCAGAAAAGGCUGCACAGCUUGCACCAACUCAGGAUUCAUAUAAGCAUAGUGAUCUAAGCGAGGUGCUGGAUAGGGUCGACUUUCAAGUCACACCGCAAGAUCUCAGCCAAGGUAUGCAGCUAGCUCAUUCUCCACCACUUGAUAUCCUUGUUCGAACAUCCGGCGUCUCACGAUUGAGCGACUUUAUGCUUUGGCAGUGCACAGAACAGACGCAUAUGCAUUUCGUGGACAAAUUUUGGCCCCAAUUCGGUUUGCAAGAUAUGAUUCCCAUCAUUUUGCAAUGGCAAAGGCACAAGUGGUCUGAGGCUUUAAGCAGGUCUUGUGGAUGGCAGUGA